AUGGCGAGCGAGUCCACCGGCCGGCCUCUCCUACCCCAGACCGCACAGAUGCAGAGCUUUCCUUUUGCGCCGCAGACGCUGGCGCCGCGGGAGAACCAGAGAAACUAUGUUUUCGUCGACGAGCACAACCGCCACAAGCGCCUCAAAGUGAUGCGCGCCUGCGAGGGCUGCCGACGCCGCAAGAUCAAAUGUGAUGCCGCCACCACAAACGCCUGGCCCUGCGCUGCCUGCAUCCGGCUGAAGCUCAACUGCGUCCCGCCGACUGUCAGUUACGAAAACAAGGACUCGUUUCCCACCGGCUCGCACACUUUCGAAAUCGGCGACAGGAGCCACGACUACGACCCCUCGCAGAGCGUUCAACACGUCCCCUCGCCGGGCGAUUUCCAAAGACACCACUCGAUCCAACAUCCCAUGGGCACAGAGGUCGGACCUCUCAUGGGCCAUCCUCUGCAAGCCUCCUACGCAGAUGCAACUCGCUUGUACCAAACAGCGCCCUAUGGUGGAAUGCCUCCUGGACCCCCGCAGAGCCAGGAAAGCGUUCACUAUGGCGCCAUGCCUCCAGCCCCUCUGUCCAAUUCGGAUCAGAUGAAGUACCAUCCUCAACAAGUCUAUCAGCCGCAGUCUGCGCCUUCCAUGCAUUCGUCAAAUGAAGGCGAGCCGAUGUGGAGGACCAACCUCGACACUUCUCAACUUACCGAGGCUCUUGGAGAGCUUAAAAUCGAUCACACAGCAAUUGCACCGUACAUUGCGAACCAGAAAAAAUCCUUGGCAAAUGCACCGCCAGUUGAAGAGUACGAGAUUGAGCUCCCGGAUGAUCACGCCCCCGACAUGACGAUACGUAUCCCGCCGGAUAUGAUGCCGGCAGACCAACAGGCACUCAAUUACUUUGAGUAUUUCUUCACCAACAUCCACCCCUACGUCCCAGUCAUCAACAAGUCGUACUUCAACCAACAGUGGCACACGAACCGUUCCGCAAUCUCUCCCCUCAUCCUGGAGGCCAUCUUCGCGUGUUCGUCCCUGAUGCUGGAUGAUCCGUCACAAGCGAACAAGUGGUUGGCGCUCCUUGCCAAACACGAGGAAAGCUUCAAAGACGUCCCUCGCUUGAGCACGAUUCAGGCUUUGAUCCUUGCCCUGAAGGCACGGGAAGCUGUGCCCAAACGUGGUUAUUUCUAUAGGUCCUGGAUGACGGUCGUGAACUGUGUUGCCAUGGCCAAAGAUCUUGAUCUGGACACCCAUUUUGAGCUGCAUCAGAUGGGCAAGCCCUGCGGCUCAUCGGCACAUGAAUGUAUCACAAAGACAAGAGUCUGGCACAUGCUAUUCCAGCUUGAGGUCAUGGUCGGAGGACCUCAAGGGCGUUCGGAUUUCGGUGUUAAGGAAGACACUGUUGACUUCGACAUUCCCCGGCCAAUGUCAAGCCAGGAAGAGGUGGAGAAUCAAAUUUCGCGCCAGUUCGCUUACAUGUUGCGCAUCGUGAGGAACAUUCAACAAACGACGAUCCUCCACAAGACCCUUCGCAAGAAGACGAAGAGCUGGGCUGUCGAACCCUCUUUCGUGCAGCUGAACGAUGCUUAUGCUGCAUGGGCCCGGGAGCUUCCUCGCGAUAUGCAGAUUGACUAUCCCACGGAUGGUUCCCCGCCCUGGGUUCGGUCUCACUAUGUUGCGAACUUGCACUGCUACCACUAUCUCGGCCUCAUCAUGCAUCACAGACCGCAGUUGCACUUCCACUAUGAGUCUUUCGACCCGGUGUGGAAACAGCACAUGCUGCUCUGUUAUUCCGCUGCCAAGAACAUGUGCAGGCUGCAGGAAGCCAUCAUCCGGGAUUACAACCUGCCGGGCCUUCUUUGCAUGCAGCGCGGAAUCAGCUUCACCAUAUACUCUGUCCUGACCUGCACUAUGCUUCACCUGGUUGCCAUCACCUCCCCGGACCCGGAACUGAACGGUGAUGCCAGGGAUUACUUUGUGCGCCAUAUGAGGAUUCUGGAGCAAUGUAUCGGAAACUGGCCAAUGCCGGAGAUGCAAGCACAAGUCAACAACCUGAGGGAGGCCUUUUCCGCGGAUACCAGCAAGCCGUUCGAACUGAAGCCUUCGUUCCCCUUUGGUAGCCCGGCAAUCCACAACAACCCCAGCCCCAUCAGCGAUGGUGGGUACCGUCAUCGAGGCUCGGCGCAGGACCCUUCUUUGGAGCAACCAGGUCAAGUCAACUAUACCCAGCAUCCUAUCACGCCGCCGAUCUCCGCGAGCGACACGGACCCCAAGGCUGACUCUCCCGUAGUUCAGUCACUGGUCAUGAUGGCUGCGGGUCAGAGGCAACCCCAACAAUCAUCCAUGCAAAAUCAAGAACCAGUGCAAUGGAACCCAAACAGAAUCUUUGACCAAUGGAAUGCAGCUUUCGGUACGCCCCCUCCAAGUACUACGUCUCAGUCCUCCCCUCCUCUAAGACCGCCCCCGCCAGGCACCUACGAGCUUCGGACGCCACAACAGGAGACCCAACCUUCGGCAUAUUACCAGUCAUCAAGCGUCUCGCCGCAUACGCAACAAAUCACCAAUGUGCCGGCGCAGCUGCCUCCGCCCGUCUCGUACGCCGCACAAGCUCAGCCAUACGUCACGCCGAGCAUGUGGCAAGACGUCGUUGCCAGCUCCUUCAGCAAUGAGUCCCUGAAGCGCCGAUGGGACUAUGGAGGCCAGGGGAUGGUCGAGGGCCAAGUCCACAAGAGAUCGAGAUGA